CUGCAAGCCCAGGUCCAAGUUCGUUAAUGACAGGCCCAAAUGAUAAAAUAAUCUCUCUCGCGUUAAUUCAGCAUUUUCGUGACCGACCGGCGGCCUACCUGAAAACGAAAACGGUAAUGGCGAUUCCUCCACCGUCAUCAUCCAGCGGCCGGAGCGGAAUAACAACUAUCCAACCGCCGGCGCCGUCGACGAGCACAAGGGGAGGCACCGCCAAAGUUACUGUCGCCGAACAGAUCUCUCAGACCGUUCAGUCCACCUUCAAUCUCCUCCAGCUGAUGCAGGAAACGUCUCCUUCCCAGGCACAAUUGUCUAAACUUCCGAAGAACCUUAUGGCAAAAGCCUCCACGAUGAAGAACACUGGCCAAAUUUUGGAGCAGUUGCCGCAGGUGAUUUCAACAUUGGAUGCACACAUGGAGAAUGGGUUGCAAAGUGCUCCUCAUCUGCGAACAGUGUCCCAAAUACUUGCUAAUAUGGAGAAUAGUCAGCUGAGUUCCCUUUCCUCUGCCCAUGUUGCUGAAGAGCAACAGGAAGCGGACAAUCGUUCUCCCAAGUCUGGUUGAAGGGUGAAAUAUUGCAGUUGCCAAAUGACAUGAAACCGGAAAGCUUCGUCCUGUCAAUCCUGGCUGGUAAUUCUGUCGAUCGAUAUUUGCAGUCUUGCUUCUUCUGUAGAUGGACGAACCAUAGCAUUUCGCAGCUGCUCUGCAAUCACUGAUUGCCAAUCAGCAUGUCUCCUUGUGGACGAAGCCAAUAAUGAAGAAUGAAGAUAGAUGUAGAUAAAAUUCCCCUUUUUUCUGUAUCUUGUGUAGAAGUAGCAACUGUCAUUGUCUAUUUUUCUUUUUUUCAAUUUGGGUGAGUUACAGUAUGUUCUGGAGCUUAAACAAUUCAAUCACAAAACUUGAUGGAGAUUGGAGUCUGAUUUGUUAAAUGCCAAAAGUUCAAUGACUGUUAUCAAUGACUGUUUAUGGUAUUUGACCCAAAUAAUCUCCCAAGUAAUUGUUGCGUUUCUACAAAAGAAAGUAAAUAAAGGUCCUGCCUUUUU